AUGUGGCCGGCAGGCGCCGUGGUAGCAAUCUGCCGAGGCCGCCCUUUCGCGCCUCCGUGUGAAGGCUCGGCUACGCGGCCCGAAUCGGCCGACGUGUCUGGAUGGGCGACGUGGCCGCGCUGGCGUUCGCUUGCGGUGGCCAUACCCGUCGACGCAUUCUUCCCCAACCCGCCCAUCCUUGCGUACCUCAUGAUCGUGCUACGGGUCUCGCAGGUGCUGAUGGGUUUGCUAGUGUUGCUGCUCCGAGACCGCAAGGCCAUCCGCCGGCGCGUGCUCCUCCGACACUUGUGGAAAGACGCGUACCAUCGCCGCCGGCUACACAUUCGCCGGCUGCACCUCCGGUGGACGAGGCUCCGAACGCUGGAUCUCCUGGAAAUGUUCACGGUCCUCGUGAUAGCGCUCUACGCCCUGCGCCAUGGUUGCCUGCUGGUGCUGCGCCCCCGGAGGCGCCUGGGAAGGUGGCGCUUGCGGUUGCCCCUUCUGGCGGUGUUGCUGCCGCGGCCGUGGCCGCGGCUCCGGAUCGUGGAUCUCCUGGUGAUGUUCACGAUCCUCGUGCUCGUCCUCUACGCUCUGCGCCAGAACUCCCUGCUGGUGCGGCGCCCCCGCAGGCGCCACGUCGCGGGGCGUUUUGCGCGGCCGCUUUCGGCACUGCUGCUGCUGGGGCCGAGGCUCCGGAAUCUGGAGCUCCUGGUGGUGUUGUCCACGCUCCUCGCGAUCGUGACCUACGCCCUGCGACACGUCUGUUCGCGGUCUCCGUUUCCGGCGCUGCUGCUGCCGAAGCCAGGUUUCAGGAUCAUCUCGAUCGUGCUCUUCGCUCAGAACCGCGGAUACCUGCUGGAGGUGCGGUCGGCGCUUCUGGAGUUGCUGCCGCCGCGGCCGCGGCCUCGCCUCCGACACGUGGAUACCCUGGUGUUGUUCGCGAUCAACGUGAUAGUGCUCUACGACCUGCGGCACGAUCGACUGCUGGUGCUACGCUGGGCGGAUGCACCUCGUCGGGCGCCGUCUACAGCUGCCGCUUCCGGCACUGCCGCCGCCGCGGCCGAG